AUAAUGAUAUCUGUUUAUCUCUUCGUAGCAACGCGACCUCCUUUGCCAACUACCAACUCAAAGAAGAAACUAAAUAAUUUCGAUUGAGGUGAUAUAUAUGUAGAUUUGAAUCGUUUAUCAAAAUAAAUAUUAACGAAUAAAUGAAGUUUUCAAAGGCUGCUGCCGGAUAUCUAUGAAGGAAACUGGAUAGCAUUUGUGAGUGAUUUGACAACAGAGCCGAAUCAUAACAACAAUGUUAGGUCCUACAGUUAAGGAAGGUGAAUUUACUUCCACCAUUUAUAAUUUGAUAAAGUCCCAGAAAUAUGGAGAAGCUAUUCAGAUAUUGUCCAGAGAAGCACAGAAUCAUCCAGGUUCAAGAACUGCUCUAUCACUCCUUGGCUAUUGCUAUUAUGGAAUUCAAGAUUUUAAAAAUGCAGCUGAUUGUUAUGAACAGUUGACAAAGUCCAACCCUGAAGUUGAAAGCUAUAAGCUAUACUAUGCACAGUGCUUGUACAAGGCUUUUGAGUUUCAAGAGGCGAUGAAAGUUACUCACCAGAUAGAAACACCAUCCACGCAAGACAAGGUGUUGAAAUUACAAGCUGCUAUAAAGUACAGUGAUGAUGAUCUCUCAGGUGCACAGGCUUUGGUUGAGCAAGUUCCCUCUGAUGACCCAGACAGUGAUGUGAACCUUGGGUGCCUUCUGUACAAGGAAGGGAGAUAUUUGGAAGCAUGUCAGAAGUUUACAACAGCCAUGAAUGUUCUAGGCUAUCAGCCUGAUCUGUCCUACAACAUAGCACUUUGUCAUUAUAUGAUGAAACAGUAUGCCCCUGCCCUUAAACAUAUUGCUGACAUAAUCGAAAAGGGGAUCAGAGAGCACCCUGAGCUCAGUGUUGGCAUGACAACGGAGGGAAUCGAGGUUCGCAGCGUUGGAAAUACACGGGUGUUGCAUGAGACAGCAUUGAUUGAAGCCUUCAAUUUGAAAGCAGCCAUUGAAUACCAGUUAAAAAAUUAUGAAGCUGCCCAAGAGGCCUUGACAGAUAUGCCACCAAGAGCUGAAGAGGAACUGGAUCCAGUUACAUUACAUAACCAAGCUUUAAUGAACAUGGAUGCCAACCCAACAGAGGGUUUUGAGAAAUUCAGAUUCCUUCUGCAACAGAACCCGUUUCCACCAGAAACAUUUGGAAAUCUUUUACUUCUUUAUUGCAAAUAUCAGUAUUAUGACUUAGCAGCAGACGUUUUAGCUGAGAAUGCAAGUCUUACCUUCAAAUUCCUGACACAGUACUUAUUCGACUUUCUGGAUGCAGUAAUUACCCAACAGUCAUCCCAAGAAGAGGCCUUCAGAAAAUUUGAUGACAUCGCUGUGCGGCACACUGACUCACUAAGAAAACUGACCAAGCAGGUUCAAGAGGCAAGACACAAUAACGAUGAUGACGUUGUGAAAAAGGCAGUGAACGAGUACGACGAGGCGUUGGAAAGAUACAUUCCAGUCCUCAUGGCACAAGCAAAGAUCUAUUGGGAUCGUGAUAACUAUUCGGCAGUUGAGAAGAUCUUUCGAAAAUCAGUUGAAUUUUGCAAUGAACACGAAGUCUGGAAACUAAACGUGGCUCAUGUAUUGUUCAUGCAGGAAAAUAAAUACAAAGAGGCUAUCGGAUUCUAUGAACCAAUCGUGAAGAAACAUUAUGAUAAUAUUCUGUCUGUAAGUGCGAUUGUACUUGCAAACCUUUGUGUCUCGUACAUCAUGACCAGUGCCAACGAAGAGGCUGAGGAGCUAAUGAGGAAAAUUGAAAAAGAAGAGGAGCAGGUUGCCUACGACGACCCGGAUAAAAAGACUUACCAUCUUUGUAUUGUCAACCUUGUAAUAGGGACUUUGUAUUGCGCGAAAGGAAAUUACGAGUUUGGAGUAUCAAGGAUUAUCAAGAGUCUGGAACCGUAUCAUAAAAAGCUUGGAACUGACACGUGGUUCUAUGCAAAGAGAUGUUUUCUCUCCUUAAUUGAAAACAUGGCGAAACAGAUGAUAAUGUUAUCAGAUAAAGUCCUGCAUGAAUCUAUGCAAUUCUUUGAUCAUUGUGAAGCUUACGGCAAGAAUGUUCAGACUGUAAUUGAGCAACCACUCGAAAGCGAGCCAUUGCAUGCCGGGAAGAACACAGUGACUUACGAGGCCAGGUUAUUGAAAAGCCUUUUAUUGCGCGUUGCAUGAAGCACCUGCUCUCCCCUACAAACCUAUUGCAAAAAGCAUGCUUGUCAUCGCAGAUAUAAUUUAUCAUUGUAAAAUUUGUUGAUAUUAGCAAUUAUUUUAGUCUCUUAGCUAUAAAAAUGCGCUUGCUUUAAUAAAGGGUUGUCUUGAGCAAGACCAU